AGAUUAUAGUUGUUGGUGUCAGUUCCAUCUUGUGUGCAGAAGAAAUUAUGAAAGAGUGAGAUUUUUUAUCUUCCGUUUCAGGGGUUGUAACUUGUGAGUCUGGUGAGUUUUCUUCUGAUAUAGACCUUUUUAUAUGUAUUGCAGUAUCGCUUGUAGCUAAAGAAAUAUAAUUCAUUUUUCCAAUAAAAAGAAACAAUUGAAUUAGUAAUUCCUAAGUUACGGUAAUUUUCAUGACAAGUUGUGGACCUUAGCUUCUGUGAGAGCUUAUUAGACAAUUUUCUUGAUUAGAACUUCGGGAAUACAAUCAAUAGAAAAAUGGAAGGCCCUUAACCCCUUCUUUUUAUGACAAGGAGGAAGCCAUUGAAGCCCAACUGAACAAUUGAGUUCCUUCUCGGACUAUGCAUAGCUCAUGUUAUUCCAUAGCUGGCACCACCCUUCUUCAAUGUGUUAAAGGGGAUUUUAUAGAGUACUUUUUUUUUUCCAACUUGGUUUGAUGUUAAGAUUUUGAUUGUAAGGAGAGCCUGCAGGUCUAGCAUCAACCUUAGUAUCAAACUAUAAUUUAAGGACUAAGAAGUAAAAACGAUUUUCUGCAGUCAGUAAUUUAUCCAAUGCUGUGAUGGAGAAUUCAGUAUAUGUUUCAGUCUUCCUUGAUCAUACACUUUGGCCCGUAAUUGGUAAUGUUUCUCUGUAUAAUGUACUGAAAAGGACAUUUUAAUUUUCUCUUUCUUGUUAUGAUUUUAUUAGGUUGAAAAAGGCUUGAACUUGGCAGAAAAUACAAUAGAGGUGGAAACGGCUGACCUGAGGAGGGAAAAUUUUAUGAGUGUAGAGCAAGCCAUCCAAAUAGAACUGGCAUACAGAAGGAAGAUUGCCAUUCUGAAUAUGGAAACAAACAAUGACAGUGGACAGGAACUAAUCUCACUGCAGUUUUCUUUUCAUGGCACGUGCAUUUGUCAAGUCCAAGUGGAAAUCCUACUUCAAUUUCAAAUUCAAAUCCUAGCCUUUCCAGAGUAAAGCAACUCGCACCACCAAGCAAUCAAGAACUUCCAAGUGGCAAUGCUUCUUCAAGGCCAGGUUCUAGUUCAUUUCCUAGUAUUUCGGGGAGCAAAGCGAUCAGAACCAUCAAGUGAUCCACAAUUUCUGCAGCCUCAAUGACUGCAAUCAUUCACUAAUGAUGACAUGCUGAAGCCUCAAGCAGAUAACUUGCUUUGUGAAGUCUGUCAAGUGCCAUGUUCAGGUCUCUUUAACAAUAAGCAGCAGAUAAGUAGUAAAAUGCAAUUUUUAUGUACAAGAACAGAAGUUCAGUAGAAAAGAUGCGGGAGAUGACUGUUCAGUAGAAAAUUAGAGAGGGAGAAAGUGGUGCGGUUUGUGUAGAAUUUGGUGCAUGAAUGAUGACCUGAUGAAAGUUCAUUUAGCAGGACAAACGCACAUGAAAGAACACGACUGGUUAAAGCUUGCACAGAUUGGUGAGAUAAUAGAACAGCCAAGGUGGUGCAAAUUGUGUGGCAUUGGGUGUCCUGAUAGGCUGUAAAUCCAUAUUAAGGCUGUAAAUGAAUCGAGCUGAGUCAAGUAUCAAAGUGUUUAUGCUUGAUCUUGGCUAUUGACUUUAGUAGCUCAUUACUCAACUUUUUUUAUUUUUAUUUUUAUUUUUAUUUUAAAUUAUACAGUAAAAAAUAAUAUUUUUU